AUGCAGGUCAGCGAGGGCUCUGAGCAAGCGCGUCCCCCGUGGAUUGUCCGUGUCGUGAACCACGCUUGGUUUGACCCGUUCUUCUCUGUGGUGGUGAUUACCAACUCGGUGUUCAUCGGCAUUGAUGUUGAGCUCAACCCAUCAGCGAUGGGCCCACGCUCAAGCAUCAUUGUUGCAGUGCAAUACUUUUAUACCUUUCUCUUCUGCCUGGAGCUUGCCUUCCGUUCUGCAGCGAUGGGCAGGGAGUACUAUUGUUCCAAGGAGUGGAUGUGGGCCGCCCUCGAUGUUUUCAUUGUCGCCACCUCCUUAUGGGAGGUUUUCGUAGACACCUGGUAUGCCAUCGUCGAAGAAGACGAGGAAGGCAGCCUCGAGAGUUUCGGCGGCCUCACGGGCCUCAAAGCUUUCAGGAUUGUACGAAUCACGCGGAUAGUGAAGACAGUGCGCUUGAUGCGCAUAUUCCGCUUUGUCCUGGCCCUGAGAACUCUAAUACAUUCGAUUUGGCACACGCUGAAAUCCUUGUUCUGGGCAUUGGUGCUGCUGCUUCUGAUCGUUUACGUCUUCGGCAUGAUUUUUACGCAGGCCGUUAAUGGUCACAUCUUCGACCCUGAUGCCCCGGAGCUGUCUUUGGAAGAUACAGAAGUCAGCUUGCACUAUUACGGGAAGUUGACGACGACGAUGUUGAGCCUGUUCAUGAGUGUAACCGAUGGAAUAAGCUGGGAGCACCUUGGCAGCUUCGAGGUUCGAGAUUCUUGUGCUAAAGAAUCGAUGCAGCCAAGGUUCUAUGUUUCAUUUACAUAUUUUUGCGUGCUCAAUGUCUUGACCGCCGUGUUUUGUCAAAGUGCCAUUGAAAGUGCGCAGAAUGAUCAUGCCACGGCAGUGCAGUCCAUGCUUGCGAACAAGGAGAUGCACCUGCAGAAGAUCCGGGCGCUGUUCAGCCAAUUCGGAAACGACAAGACGAGCAUGAUCACUUUUGGGCAGUUCGAGGCCAAAAUCAACUCUGCAGAAGUGCGCGAGUACUUCGAGACGUUAGGUUUGGAUGUGGAGGAUGCGUGGAGUUUCUUCAAGUUGCUGGACCAGGAUGGAGGAGGAUCUGUUGAGAUCGAAGAGUUCCUGAAGGGCUGUCUACGAUUCCGAGGCCAGGCGAAGGCGAUCGACAUCGGGCAGCUACUGCAUGACCAGAGUUGGCUGAUUCGUCACCAGAGUAGAUUCCACACCUACAUGGAGACGGAGCUCCAGAAACUGAAGAAGCAGAUCACCUCCUUGGUGACCGUAUUGACGACCUCGCCAGACUCAACACCCGCGCGACGAAUCCGCAAGAGGACCGAGGAGGAGAAUGCCUUGAAAGCUGCGGCUGCGGCUGCCGCUGCCGAGGUGAGCCAAGCAAACGUUUAG